AUGGAGCUCCCGCUAAUGAGCCUAAGUGCAAUUUGGUCAUUCCUCCUCCAUGCCAUCAUUUUCUCUCCCAUGUACAUUCCAUGGUCGUUGGGAUCUGCUGCUAACUUCUUCAACGAAACAGAUCAUCUUGCUUUUGUCCACUUCAAACAUCUGAUAACUGACGAUCCUCUCCAUUCCUUGAGCUCCUGGAACCAUUCUCUCCACUUCUGCCACUGGCAAGGAGUGACUUGCGGUGGUCACCGACAUCCUCAAAGGGUCACGGCCUUGAACCUUGUUGGCCAAAACUUGGUGGGCCCCAUAUCUCUCUACAUAGCAAACCUCACCUUCCUCAGGAUCAUCAAUUUCACAGGCAAUAGAUUCUACGGCGCGGUUCCUGAAGAGAUUGGCCAUCUGUUCCGUUUGCAGUAUCUCACUCUGUACAACAACACAUUCACCGGAGAAAUUCCAGAAAAUCUGACCCACUGUUCAGAACUCAAAGUCCUCGAUCUUGACAUGAACCAGCUUGUAGGGAGGAUUCCAACUGGGCUAGGUUCUCUGUCCAAGCUCACCGAAUUAGACCUUGGUCUUAACAGUCUUACUGGAAGCAUCCCACCUUCACUUGGAAACCUUUCGUCUCUCACUUACCUUUAUAUUUCGAUUAACAGUCUCGAGGGCAGCAUCCCAAGUGAGCUCAGCCAGCUGGUAAGCUUAGAGGUGCUUGCAAUUUAUUCUAAUAACCUGUCAGGUAGGAUUCCUCCCUCGCUAUACAAUCUUUCAUCCAUUAACAGUUUGGACGUGGGAGAUAACAGAUUGAAUGGAAAUCUUCCAUCCAACUUAGGCCUCACUCUCGCUAAUCUCCAACAACUCUUUGUUGGAAGAAACCAAUUCACAGGACCCAUACCGGUUUCAUUACCCAACGCUUCGGGACUUGCACUUGUUUCAUUUGCGUUCAAUAGUUUUAGUGGAUCCGUGCCUAUGAAUCUUGGAAGCCUCAAGAAUCUCACUAAGGUAUUUUUCGGCCAAAAUCGACUUGGAACUGGGAAAUCUCAUGACUUGAGUUUUCUCGUUUCAUUGACCAAUUGUACUAGCUUACAAAUGCUGGACAUGAGCCAUAACCGUCUCAGCGGUGGGUUGCCUGACUCCAUAGCUAAUCUUUCUACCCAACUGACAUUGCUAGGACUUGGUGAGAACUCGGAAGCAUCCCAUCUGGGAUUCAAAACCUUUUCAGCUUAA